CUGUUUCUUAGAUUUAGAGGUUGUCUGUUGUGUUCUCUUCUUCAUACUGGCGCCUAUCGGAUACCAACCAUACCCAGAUCGGACAUUGGAUAACACUGGAUAAGAUAAGAUAAGACACGAUGGUUCAAGUCGAGACCCAACUCAAGGACGUCGUCAUCCUCGGCUCUGUCAACGCCGACGCCCGCAAGAUCCUCACCAAAGACGCCUGCGCUUUCCUCGCCAUCCUCCACCGCACCUUCAAUCCCACUCGCAAGGCUCUUCUGCAGCGUCGCAUCGACCGCCAGGCCGAGAUCGACAAGGGACAUCUGCCUGAUUUCCUGCCAGAGACGAAGCACAUCCGUGAGAACGAUGCCUGGAAGGGAGCACCUCCGGCCCCGGGGCUGGUCGAUCGCAGAGUCGAGAUCACUGGCCCUACGGAUCGGAAGAUGGUGGUGAAUGCAUUGAACUCGGAUGUGUGGACCUACAUGGCUGAUUUCGAGGACUCGAGCGCCCCCACCUGGGAGAACAUGAUCAACGGCCAAGUCAACCUCUACGAUGCCAUCCGCAGGCAAGUCGACUUCACCCAAGGCACAAAAGAAUACAAACUCCGCACCGACCGCACCCUUCCCACUCUCAUUGCCCGCGCUCGCGGCUGGCACCUCGACGAGAAGCACUUCACCGUCGACGGAACCCCCAUCUCCGGCGCUCUCUUCGACUUCGGUCUGUACUUCUACCACAAUGCCAAGGAGCUCGUCGCACGGGGCUUCGGGCCAUACUUCUACCUCCCCAAAAUGGAAUCCCACCUGGAAGCCCGUCUCUGGAACGACGUCUUCAACCUCGCCCAGGAUUACAUCGGUAUGCCCCGGGGUACGAUCCGUGGUACCGUCCUCAUCGAGACCAUCACCGCGGCGUUUGAAAUGGAUGAGAUUAUCUACGAACUCCGCGAACAUAGCUCUGGUUUGAACUGUGGACGCUGGGAUUACAUUUUCUCGUUUAUCAAAAAGUUCCGCAAACACAGCGGGUUUGUGUUACCCGAUCGGUCGGAUGUUACCAUGACGGUGCCGUUCAUGGAUGCCUAUGUUAAGUUGUUGAUUAAGACGUGUCAUCGCAGAGGAGUUCAUGCUAUGGGAGGCAUGGCCGCUCAAAUCCCCAUUAAGAACGACGCCGCCGCCAACGACAAAGCCAUGGAGAGUGUCCGUGCCGACAAGCUCCGUGAAGUGCGUGCUGGCCACGAUGGCACCUGGGUGGCACACCCUGCUCUGGCAGCCAUCGCAUCCGAGGUCUUCAACACGCACAUGCCGACCCCGAACCAGCUAUUCGUCCGUCGCGAAGACGUCAACAUCACCGCCAACGACCUCCUCAACACCAACGUCCCCGGCAAGAUCACCGAAGAGGGCAUCCGCAAGAACCUGAACAUCGGACUUGCCUACAUGGAGGGCUGGCUUCGCGGUGUGGGCUGCAUCCCGAUUAACUUUCUGAUGGAAGAUGCCGCCACCGCCGAAGUCUCCCGCAGUCAACUCUGGCAAUGGACGCACCACGGAAUCACCACCGCCGAAGGCAAGAAAGUCGACAAGGCAUACGCUCUCCGUCUCCUGCAAGAACAAGCCGAUAGUCUCGCUUCCAAGGGACCCCAAGGAAACAAGUUCCAACUGGCCGCUAGGUAUUUUGCCGGUCAGGUGACGGGCGAGGAAUAUGCGGAUUUCUUGACCAGUUUGUUGUAUAAUGAGAUUUCGUCGGCGGGGGCGGCGGAACCGGCUGCUAAGUUGUGAUUUGUUUUAGGGUUGGGGUGGG